CUUAAUGAUAGGAAGUUUUAAAUUUAUUAGGCGAAUUGGCGACUUUUUCCAUUACACGCGAUCUCCGGUGCAGAACGAAUUCCAAUAAUUUAGGGUUUCUUCGAUCCCCAAAUUCAAAUCAACAACCAAACAGAAUAAUCAGAAGUGAGAAUUUCUAUCUACACAGAUGGUUCAUGGGAUCAAUCACUCGUUAGAAAUGGUAGAAACAGUUAUGGGAGUUGCAAAAGUAGCUUUUGAAGCUGUUGAAUUCAAGCAUAAUCAUCUUGACCAUCAUCAUGAUGAUCACAACAAAUCAGAAAAAGAACAACAAUAUCAUCAAGCUCUUUCAAUCGAAGAAGAAAAAGAAAUUGAAGCUCUUCGGUAUGAGAAUCAUCGACUUAGAAACAUACUUGAAGAAAAUCUCAAGCUUUUUCAAAAUAUCUCUCAGUCUCCAUCUCUAACAAAAGAUUGCCCUGCUGAUCUCUAUAAACGUCUUGAAGCGGCUGUGGAAUCUACUAAGUUCUUAAAUCAGCUUGAAUCACUUCAUCAAGCAUCUAAUAACUUUCCUUUUGAAGAAACUACAGAAGCUGAUCUGGUAACCGUGGAAAUUUUAGUGAAUGGGGAGAGGAGUCGAUGGGUAUGGGUAACAGAUGAGAAGCUCGUAGAAGAGCGGAGUGGAAUUGAUAAUGAAACUUAUGUAAUUGUUAGUGAAGAUGAUGUGGUGGAAGGUGUUGCCAACUUUAUGGCUAAAUGCAUCAUUUCUAAUCCCAAAACUCAGAAAUUAACACCACAGGAGCUGCAGAAAACUGUGGCCAAGGCUUUGGAAGGUGUGAACAGAAUGGAGCAGUUGAUGAACAUCUGGCAUGCUGGAACAAUGUUUUAUGGGUUAGCUAUGUGGGGACUUGCACUGUCAGGGUUGUAUAGGCAUCGUGGAGUCCUGAAAGUGGCUGCAAAAGGGAUUGGAGCGUCUGGUAAAUUAGUUAUGAAAGCUCUUUGAAUGGUUACAUAAUCCUUUAUGCUAAACAUGUGAAGAUCAACCAAAACACUGUAAUAGAAGCUUGCUAUUUUCUGUGUGUUUGUCUUAUUUAUGUCAUCGUCACUGGGCCCUGUCAUCUGUAUCAAGUCAUACCUGUAACAGAACCUACAGCUCCUGUGUAUAUAUUUUCAGGCCUGUUUACCGUUCCUGAUUGGCUCUUGAACUUUGUACAGUAUCAGAACUAUUUGGUUUCGGUUUUGAAUCUUGUUUCGUUUGGUUCUCUGAAUGCAAAUUGGCAUUCCUGUACUUCUUGGGUUUUCUGUUCAUGUAUAUAAAGUCAACCUAACCGGUAAAUGCA